CCUGUUUCUUCAGACCUGCGUGAAAGUCCUUAUGUACAAAACAGUAUGUACAGAAUUACAAAAUACUACGUGUGUGCCAAUGUUGCAUGGAAUGCAGCGUAAGAACGUUUUUGAUUUGUCACUCAAGGUAGAAAAAUAUUGUAUAAAUGCAUUCAUUUAAACAUUGAGUGCUGUACCGCUCGCACACAUCGUUUUCUCGCGAUAACUAACGAUACCUUCAGCGUUUGUGUAUACAUGUGACCUAUUUUGUCCAACCAGCGUUAAGCAACUACUUAGCAAAGCGCGCGAGGCCGAACUAGAGAGUUGUCUUGCUUUUCUCGUUCUGUCGCUAUGGCGGAGCCCAGUAAAAGACAGCGACUCGGUGAGGCCACCAGAAGCUCACAAAGUAUAUUAGCGAGCGUAGAAAACAAGAUCAGAGACACUCAGUCCGAUGGAACCGGAGGGGAAGGUCGAUUUGUGGAGGGCUCCAUACUUCGCAUCACCAUGAAAAACUUCCUGACAUAUGACUACUCUGUGGUGUAUCCUGGACCAAAUUUAAACAUGAUCGUUGGAGCAAAUGGAACCGGAAAGUCAAGUAUUGUGUGUGCCAUUUGUCUGGGUCUGGCAGGCAAGACUGCGACUCUGGGGAGAGGAGACAAGGUUGGGCUCUAUGUCAAACGUGGGUGCCAUAAAGGUUUUAUUGAGAUCAAGCUGUACAAGAAAGAAGGCAAUAUUGUAAUUAACAGAGAGAUCCAUGUGGAGAACAAUCAGUCGCUUUGGAUGCUUAAUGGAAAAUACUGCAGUCAGAAAAUUAUAGAAGAACAAGUCAAAAGUUUGCGCAUCCAAGUCAGCAACCUCUGCCAGUUUCUGCCACAGGAAAAAGUUGGUGAAUUUGCCAAAAUGUCGAACGCUGAAGUUCUAGAAGCAACCGAGAAGUCAGUGGGACCUCCUGAGAUGUACGAUUAUCACUGUGAGCUCAAAAACUUCCGCAACAAAGAACGAGAGUUAGAGAAUGUUGUGAAGGAGAAGGCAAACUUUUUGGAGAAAGCCAAGCAGAGAAAUGAGAGGAACAAGCACGAUGUAAAUCGCUACUAUGAGAAGAAGAGACAUCUGGAUGUGAUUGAGCUGCUCGAGAAGAAGAAACCGUGGGUGGAGUACGAGACCACCCGUAAAGAGCUUGAGGGUGUGAAGAAGGAGAGGGAAGAGGCCAAAAGGCAGCUUUCCUCCCUGAGGCAAACCCAGACUCCCAUGCUGAGAAAGAUUCAGCAGAUUGAUGACCAGCUGAAGCCCACCGAGGCACAAAUUAAAGCAAAGACCGCUGCCAUUAAAGAAGCCUCUCUGAAGUGCAAACAGAAGCAAGAUCAGCUGGAUCGCAAACACAAAGAGAUCGACGACAUUAAGCAAAAGCUGAGGCUGAAGCAGAUGGAGGAAGAAGACCACCAGAAGCGAAUCGGCCACACCCGACGGACCAUCGAAGACCUGAAGGGCGAGCUCGCCAAAGUCAGCGACCAGCCCGAUGUAACUCCACGGAUCAAUGCUGUUAAUGUGGAGCUGAGGCGCAUCCAGGAGGAGAGAGCCAAGAUCGAAGGGGAGAAGGCUGACCUGCGCAGGGAGAGGGACAACAUCACUGCUGAGUCCAGAAUGUUGGAAAGGAAACUCAACGACAUGAACAACAUGUUGAAUGCCAAGGAGGAGAAGCUGCGAGGUCGCCACAGAGACACACACUCUGCUCUGCAGUGGCUCCGGCAGAACAAGCAGCUCUUCAUGGGAAACGUCCACGAGCCCAUGAUGCUGGUGAUAAAUGUGAAGGAUCAUCGCUUUGCCAAGUAUGUGGAAAACCACAUCUCAUUCCACGACCUGCGAGCAUUUGUCUUCCAGAGGAAGGACGAUAUGGAGAAGUUCAUGGCUGAGGUGCGUGAUAGGAUGAACUUAAAAGUGAACUCUAUUUCUGCUCCGGAGGAGUCCUGUUCCAGGCGCGCACCGUCUCGAAAUAUUGAGUCUCUGAGCCGUUUUGGGUUCUUCUCUUACCUCCGCGAGAUGUUUGAUGCCCCUGACGAGGUGAUGAGUUACCUCUGUCACCAGUACAAGGUGCAUGACGUGCCAGUGGGCAAUGACCAAACCAAAGCCAUGAUCAAAACGGUGAUUGAGGAACCUUACCUCAGGGUGUUAUAUACCACCCAGGAGAGGUACACAGUGAAGAGGUCCUUCUAUUCCAAUAAGAUCAGCACCAGUAACUCUGCCCUACAUCCCUCUCAGUACCUCAGCAUCACUGUGGAUGCUGAGGACAAACGGAAUCUGGAGCAACAGAUGAAGGCCUGUGAGACAAAGCUGCAGGCCAUCGGUGAACGCAUGAAAGUCCUGCAGAAGGAGUCUGCCGUUCUGGAUCGCCGUGACAACGAACUGCUGGCUGAGAAAAAGCAACUGUCUGAACUUAAGGGGAAAAGGAGACAGCUGGAGCAGAAGAUCAGCACCAAACAGGACAGUCUAAAGCAGAUGGAGCAGAAUGUCAUUGACCUGAAGAAGGUUGAAGAGGAAACUAAAGAAAAGAUCGCGGCUGUCAAUUCCCAGAAGGUGGCCAUAGUGGCUGCGUUCAUGGCCCAAAUGAAGCUGAGAGCCACGUUCACAAUGGAGAAGGUGUAUCUGGCUUUGGAGACGGUGGCGCUGACAGCAGAGAAGAGCAAGCUGGAGAACGAUUGUAGAGAAGGCGCCUCUGAUCUGAAGACCAUGGAUCAAAAAUGCAGCCGUCUGGAGCAGAGGAAGGUGCAGCUGACGGAGCAGUGCAGGGGCCUGCUGAGGAGGGCCAAGUCCGUCUGUAGGAUGCAGCCGGAUGAGACUUUACCCGAAGACCUGCGGAAUGCUUUCAGCAACCUGCCCGACACGUUGGAGGAGGUGGACGCCAUGCUGAAUGAAGAGCGGUCCAGAGCAGAGUGCUUCACCGGCCUCAGUGAAAAUGUCGUCGAAGAGUACAACAAGAGAGAGCACGAGAUCAAACUCCUGGAGAAAGAGUUUGAGGAAAAGACGGCUGCGCUGAAAGUCUACCGACAGAACAUAUCGGAGGCUAAGGAACGCUGGCUGAACCCUCUGAAGCACCUGGUCGAGCAGAUCAAUGAUAAGUUCAGUGAAUUUUUUCGCUCCAUGCAGUGCGCAGGAGAGGUCGAUCUACACUCGGAGAGCGAGGAGGAGUACGACAAGUACGGGAUCCGCAUUCGAGUGAAGUUCCACAGUAACACGCAGCUUCACGAGCUGACGCCGCAUCAUCAGAGCGGAGGAGAGCGGAGCGUCUCAACGAUGCUCUACCUCAUGGCUUUGCAGGAGCUCAACCGCUGCCCCUUCAGGGUGGUGGAUGAGAUCAACCAGGGAAUGGAUCCCAUAAAUGAAAGGAGGGUUUUUGACAUUGUUGUCCGGACAGCCUGCAAGGAGACAACUUCCCAGUACUUCUUCAUCACACCGAAACUGCUUCAGAAUCUCCAGUAUGCGGAGGAGAUGACCAUCCUGUGUGUCCAUAACGGCCCUCACAUGCUUCCUCCCAAUGAAUGGGACGCAAAGGCUUUCAUCCAGCGUCGUCGCCAAAGAAAGGCCCGAGCAUAAAUCCACCAGGCCCAGGAAACGGAGAAACUGACACCCUUCUUGGACUAUUUAGAACCAAUAAAAAUGGACCUUAUUGUUUAGAAACGGAACAUAUAGAUUUUGUGUUGCUGCAAGAUAAUAGUCAUUGAAUCUGUCUCCAAUGAGAUGGAUAAUGAUAAACUGGUUAAGCAUGCCGCUUCACUAUUUGCACAUAUUUGUAUUUAUACCAUCUGAACGUUUAUAUAUUUAAAUAAAACAAUGUUGUUUCUAUAAGUUCAUAUUUACCCUGAAAAUCACACUGGAGAGGGAGAGAAAUGCUUUAAUUCUCUGAGGGUCUGAGUUUACUAACAGUUACCAAAAUGUUUUUACUUAAAGACAUUUGAUUAUUGUCUAAUAGGUAAAUGCUGGCCACGAUGCCACAAUGUUGGCACGUGCCUCAUCUUUAAAAUUGAAAAACUACAGAAGUUAGACUACUUCUCUUGUUAUGGUGGAUUGUCUUUUCAAAGUGCAGAAAAAGUCUUAUUUCUUACAUAAUCCUACAAAGCCUGACUAAAGAAAUAAAUGGAUUAAAAAAAUACUUUUUAUAUAUUUUAAGUCUUUAACUCUUCACCAAAAAACAAACAUGUUUUUCAGACAAUAUUUAAUCCGAAUUUUCUAUACAUUUUCAUUUUGAAUAAAAAUGCAAAAUAAA